AUGGAGUUUCAGGCCAUCAUGGACAAGCUCACUGAGCGUCCUUCGCAACAUCCAGACUGCUGUUGUUCGAUAUCAAUCAACGUGCUGGACACCCUGAUCAGGCAUCUGCCAAAGAGUCCAGCCCAAGUGCUCUCUUGCGGAGCCGGCACCGGCCUUCUGGAGAGACUGAUCCUCGAGAGAAGCGGGCAGCAGGUCAAUAUAUACGGAAUAGAAGUCCCGUCGUGCGUGAACAAAUAUUUGUCCGAGGAGCGCAUGCUGCGAGUUCGCUCUACAACAGACCUUCAUUCCGAUGCGCUGCUCGCAGAGGUCCUGAUAUUCUGCUAUCCGCGACAAGAGACCCUGUUACUCCAGAAGUACCUACAAGCAUUCGUCAGUGGCACCCUGCAUACAGCGAUCGUCCUCACCCACUACGACGAUCAUCUGCCUGCGAAGGCGAUACUUAUGAUCUUCUUCGACCGAGUCGACGUAGUGCAAAAUUCUGGGCUUCCUGACUUCGAAAAACUCAUCGUUGCGACUCAAGUAAAAAGUGGUGAGCGCUGA